GAACACCAGCCGAGCUGAGGAAGCUUAAGAUUUCUUGCCCCGACUGCCUUAAGGGACACCUUGUGGUCGUGAAAUGCGACGGGAAGGGCCUCGGGUGCGACAACCAGGUCAAGAGCUUCAACGGCCGUACGAGAAAGAUCAAGUUCUUGCUGGGGUCGUGCACCGCGUCGGCCCACCAACUGCGGAACUGCUCCAGGGUAUCGAACGAAGCGGGGGGUACAAGGGCCUCGACGACAUUUCGAUUCCGCGGGUGCUAGGCAUGAUCCGCAGAGUCCCGCUGACUUGCCAGGAAUGCGAGAGCAGCACCCUCUCUUACGUGGUCAGAAGGAAGGACGGAGCUGUCGACGCGAUCAAGUACACCAACUUCACUUACACGCUUAAGUCCCUCGGCAACCCCGAGAACUCUUUCGAAGGCUGGCUGCAGCACAAGUAUCAAUCUGAACGCUGCGUAUCUCCUCGCAAAGUUCUACAUGUCCGAAUAGAUUUGAAGCGGGUCGGAGCAGCUUACCCAGUGUGACGUAGACAAACUUACAGGCCUGACACGUUGACGGGUUGAUAGUCUGACAUUGAUGUAUACUCAUUUGCCAGGUUGCAAUUGAGCAUCCAAUUGGAACGGACAAUUUCUGAAGCGAGUCAUUGCAUGGAAUCUACAGUGUGCGGUAAAACACGUGACUGCGUAUUCAGUCCGAGCAUUAAUGCGUCGGAAAAGCUGCUGAUUCUAAGCCGAUGAGGAACUAAAAUGUUGUGCCCGAGACAUUCUUUCGAUUUUUCUUGGUGCGUGUCAAAUAAGCUAGCUCGAGCUUCCUUUGGGCUUUACCUAGGAUAAUCGAAGUUUGCCAGAGGCCCGGUUCACAUUAGGAUCUUCUGUCCAUCUAAAGUAUGCAGCAACGUUCUGG